AUGGAGAUGCCGCAGCACACAACCGACUGGGGUCUCGACAGCCUGCCGGCAAGACUUGUCACACUUGUCAUUGUGGAGAUGGAGAAAUGUGUCUCGCGGUGGCAGCAAUAUGCUGCUUCAAAAGACGCCGAGAUAUUCGAACUCAGAAGAGACUACGACAAAACCAAGGCUGACAGCGAGCUGCAAAGUCGGACCGUCGCCAGCCAAACGAUGUAUAUUAGGAGCCUGGAGUUUGAAUUGAUGCGGUUCCGAGUAGCUGCCGAGCCUUUGUCACCGGGCCUUCUUGACGCCGUCAACUUGGAAGUAUCGGACAGUCCAGGCUCCAUACUUGAGCUGCAGUCUAGCGUAGGGGGUGAGAGUUAUAAUAGCUAUCUUCCGGAAGGUCUACGUCAUGGUAUCGGCCAGGGCGCCGAUCAGGGUUCAAAUCAGGGUAUUGAGCAGGGUGUUGGUCAGGGUCUUGAUCAGGGUCUUGACGAGGGUCUCUAUCCGCUAUUAGCCUUGGCAGGAGCGGCGACCGGUAACAUGAACGCGAAUCAUGCUACCGUGAAGGGCGCGAUGUCAAGCAGCCCGGAAUACUCUCCAAAGAGUGGGGACCAGAGUAUGGGCGGGGUAUCAAAGAAGAAAAUUCGACUUGCAUAA